AGGUGCUUGGUUUGUGUCACUCCUCUCGCCGUGCUUUCGCCGCUAUCCUUGUCUUGCCUCCCUCAGAAGUAUGAACAAAUAUCCCGACAAUGUUGGGAUACUUGCUAUAGAGGUGUAUUUUCCCCGCCUGUUUAUCGAGCAAAUUGACCUCGAAAAGUUUGAUGGAUGCGUAGGAAAGUAUACAAAAGGUUUUGGGCAGAAACGAAUGAGCUUCUGCACUACUGAGGAGGAUGUAAAUUCGCUGGCAUUAACAGUGACACAAAAUUUAAUUGAUAAAAUUAAUCUGGACCUACGCCUUGUCGGGUUUCUGGAGGUGGGCGUUGGCUCAGAGACAAUCAUUGAUAAAUCCAAAUCCGUCAAAUCUGUAUUGAUGCAACUUUUUGAGUCGUCCGGUAACCAUGAUGUAUGUGGUGCUGAUGUCAAAAAUGCUUGUUUUGGGGGAACAGCAGCGUUGUUCAAUGCCGUGAAUUGGAUAGAAUCGCGUUCAUGGGAUGGUUAG